AUGAAGCUCCUUUUGUUCCUUGCUGCUUGCCUUGGCUUGUAUUACACCUCAGAGGGGAAGGUUUAUAGUCGCUGCGAGUUGUACAGGAUCUUCCAACAAACUGGGCUGUCUGGAUAUCAUGGAUAUAGCGCUGCUAACUGGAUAUGUCUUGCCUAUUAUGAAAGUCGUUACAACACUGCAGCUGUGAACAACAAUGGGCCAAGCCGUGACUACGGAAUAUUUCAGAUUAACAGCAAAUGGUGGUGCAAUGACGGAAAGACUUCUAAUGCUAAAAACGCUUGUGGAAUUAGCUGUCAAAGUCUCCUCAAUGAUAACAUCUACGAUGACAUUGAAUGUGCCAAGAGAGUUGUGAGAGAUCCUAAUGGCAUCUCGGCUUGGUAA